AUGUCCUCAGAACACAAGGGCUCGUGUCUUUGCCAGGCCAUUCAAUACAGGAUUACUACGUCGAAACCUAUUGGAUACACCCUCUGUCACUGUAUCGACUGUCAGAAGGUGUCGGGGUCCACGUACGCGGCGAACCUUUUCAUUCUCAAAUCGGAUUUCCAUCUUACGAAAGGGGAAGACUCCCUUUCAACCUAUUCGACUAGUGCGACCUUCUCGGGAAGCACCCUGACACGUCACUUCUGCAAGACAUGCGGCUCGUUCGUGUUCAGCACGACGACGUCGUCAGACAAGCUCAUCGUUCUUGCUACGGGAUGCCUGGACGGGCAUCCAGAAUGGAAGCCCACGCAGGAGAUAUUUUGCUCUCAUCGGCGUGCAUGGUUGCAAGAGUUGGAGAACACGAAACGGUUUGAGAAGAUGAAUCCUGGUCGGAACAGGGCAAAACUGUAAACAAAUGACAUAUCCUUUGCCAAUACCAUUCGCAUGCCGCCGGCUAAUUGACGUUUCUUCGCCAGUACAAAGAGACUACAUCUAUACCUCUCCAGAACGUUUUUAUGAUCUCCAGUGUACCAGCAAGGUUACGCAUCUCGCUCGCAUUUUAAAUUAUAUCAUUCAGAUCUCG